CCAUGACGAUAUUGAUACGUAAAUAAAACCGGCAUGAAGAAAAUCAUCAUAUUUGUGAUGUCUCAAAAAUAAUGUCGACUUAAAGCUUACCUAAAUUUUGCUUUCAAUUAAAAAAUGUCUUACAAACGUUCCCAUUCAACUCUUGAAAUAUUAAUGAAAUUUGUUUUCUUAAUGAAGUCUUCAAUCUCAUAUCGCUCACUAGAAACUAAAUCAACAGAGAAAGAAAUGUAAUGUAUUGAAAAGCGGGGAUUUACAACAGAGAUGAUCAAUGUGUUGUACCUUUCUUGUGGUCAAUACAUAAAAUAUUUCCACACAAUCAUCGAACUUAAAUAUGUGAUAUAAGACAAAAGAAGAAAACAAAAUUUUAUUAAAAGACAAACGUGGAAAAUUUCCAGCAGAUAAGUUUCUUGUUUAACUUCCAUCGUCUUGAGUUUGUGAGGUUUUUGUCCACGGUUAGAUUUACUAUAAAUUGGAUGAUUCUUUGGGAAAAGAUAUCAUUCAGUCUUAAAGAUUAAAAACUGCUGCAGCCACUAAGAACUUCUUUUUAUUUUAAAGAACAAAAGGAUUAAUUAACAAAGAUAUAAAAAUGAAAUUCUUAAUUGUGUUUCUUGCUUUAAUUGUUGCUGCAUUAGCUGCUCCAUUUGGUGGUUUCGGUGGCUUUGGAGGCUACGGAGGUUACCCUGGAUAUGGAGGAUUUGGAGGUCCAAGUUUCGGUGGAAGCUCAGCCAAUGCCGCCGCAUCAUCACAGUCGUUCGGUGGUGGAUUUGGAGGUCCAUUCGGUGGUGGAUUUUCAGGAUCUUCUGCCAAUGCUGCUGCUGGAUCCAACAGUUUCGGUUUUGGACGAUAAUCGCCUGUCAAUCAAAAUAUUGGAUCGACCUUAAUUUAUUUUUAAUUCGUCUGCCUUUGUGUCUAAUAAGUUUAAACCAAAAUAAAUAAAAUUAUACGUACUUUCAUAUAACUUCAAAUAAAAGCAACCUUGAACUUUGUGUAAAAGUUUAAUUUUUUUAAAAAAAAAAUAUAAAAUAUUAUUCGUGAGUAUUCUUCGAAAACAACACUUAGAAGACAAAAUAUUCGCAAGUACUUAAACUUAAGAUUCUACUUGUUUUCAUUUUAAUUAGCACUUGACGAAUCAAUGAAGGAUGCAGAAGCUUUCAUUAUUUAAUGACAUUAGAAUUUUAAUAAGUGCCUUGUGCUUAGAAAAAUAUUUUACGUCUUUUCUUCAUCUUCUGAUAAUUUCAAAGAUCAGAGAGAAGAUUUAUCAGAACGAACAAAUUAUCAAAGAUGAAAAACAUGGCCUUGAACCAAUCUGUUUAUAAAAGCUUCAAUCAAAUAAGCACGAUUCUUUCGUUCGCAUUAUUUGUGUAGAGAUAUUAUACAAAACUCGUUUUUAUACUGUCGAACCUGUAACAAAAACAGAAAUAAAGAUUUAUGUGAGUGCCUCGAAACAUCGAUAAUUUAACAACGGAGAAAAAAACUUUCCGUU